GCACGUGUCCCGCCGACGUGUUGCGGGUGUCACGCUGGCCCACCGCGCCCGCAGCCCGCAGCCGACGGAGUCAUUGACACGCGCCAGCGUGACACACAUUCCGCGUCUGACGGAACGCGAACACGUCGCUUUUCUCGCUGAUUUUUUUUAUUUCGUCUUCAACAACCAUUGUAUUACCAGCCAGCGGCCGGCAAGCGCGCGCUCCUUAAUUUAUGGUUUCGCGUUUUAUUAUCAGUGUGCCGCGUGUAGCGUGUGCGUGCGGUGGACGUCGGCGCUCGCUCUGCCUACCAGGGCGCCAUAAGACGGAACAGUUCGGCUACACAUCUCGCGAUUUCAUUUCCGCAUUCGAUUCAGUGUUUAUUUUUUUCUACAAGUUUUGUGUGUGUUUAUUGUGCCUUGUUUUGUGAUUACAAAUAUAACAAACCAAAGCCUCCAAAGAGUGUUACAUAUUUAAGUGUAAAAAAAUAUAUAUUUAUUAAAUUAAAUUAAAUUAUAAGUGUGCUUAAAAUAAAUAAAAAUAAGGUAUUGGUCAGGGAGUAUAAAGAUCAUCAAAGACUGUGUGUGAUUACAAAAAAAAAGUGUGUCAAAGUACCAGGCUAUCAUAACUCAUUAGGAGUGUCACAACCUGCGGUCCGUGUACUAAAACCGCAGUAAUGGUACGGUGACAAAGUGGCCUACAUGCCGGUGGCGCUGGGCUCGCUCGGCGGCGAGGGCGAGUACCGCGAGUACGGCCACCAUCUCUCGCCGCACCAUCCCCACCACGCCCCGCACGCCCCGCACCAGCCCCACGCGCCCCACCUGCAGUACCAUGAGUACGCGCCGCCGCCGCCCAUCUACCAUCCUAUACCGGACCCAUACUUCAGAAGGCACGCGCCAUACUUCGGCCAGCCAGAUUACAGAGUUUACGAACUCAACAAACGGUUACAACAGAGGACAGAGGACUCAGAUAACCUAUGGUGGGACGCGUUCGCGACAGAGUUCUUCGAGGACGACGCAACGUUAACACUCACAUUUUGUUUAGAAGAUGGACCUAAAAGAUACACAAUAGGAAGGACGUUAAUACCUCGCUACUUCAGAAGCAUAUACGAGGGCGGAGUAUCCGAGUUAUAUUACACGAUGAGACAGCCCAAAGAAUCCUUCCACAAUACCAGCAUCACGCUGGACUGUGACCACUGCACUAUGGUGACACAUCACGGGAAACCAAUGUUCACUAAGGUGUGUACAGAAGGAAGAUUGAUCCUAGAGUUCACAUUUGACGAUCUAAUGCGGAUCAAAUCUUGGCACAUGGCGGUACGAGCUCACCGCGAGCUGAUCCCCCGGCAGGCGGUGCAUCCUCCAGACCAUGCUGCGUUGGACCAGCUCGCUAAGAACAUCACCCGGCAAGGAAUUACCAACUCCACGCUCAACUAUCUCAGGUUGUGCGUGAUAUUGGAGCCCAUGCAGGAGUUAAUGUCGCGGCACAAAGCGUACGCGCUGUCGCCGCGGGAUUGUUUAAAGACGACACUCUUCCAGAAGUGGCAGCGGAUGGUCGCACCACCAGAAUCACAACGUCCCGCGAGCAAGCGGCGCAAGCGCAAAGGCAGCGCGGGCGCGAAUGCGGCGCCGCCCGCGCCCACUAAGAAACGCUCGCCCGGACCCAACUUCAGCCUCGCAUCACAGGACGUGAUGGUGGUGGGUGAACCAUCACUGAUGGGCGGCGAGUUCGGUGAUGAGGACGAGCGGCUGAUCACGCGGCUCGAGAACACGCAGUACGAGGGCGACGUGGAGUGGAGCGCGCCGCCCGCCUCGCCCGCCAAGACGCCGCCCGCGCCGCACUGACCCCCGCACCCCUCCACACACUAAUAUAGGAUAUUACAGAUAAUUGUAUUUCA